AGUCUUGUGAUAAGUUGUAUUACUCCGCCAUUCUUCGAUCGUCAUUUCCAUCUUUCUUGUCCCGCUUAGAUAGAAACCUCCAAAAUGUCAAAAAGCGGUCUGAAGACGAUCGCCAAUGAGGAGAAUGAGGAAAGAUUCGGAUAUGUGUUCGCCGUAUCCGGACCUGUCGUCACGGCGGAGAAGAUGUCUGGAUCCGCUAUGUACGAGUUGGUGCGUGUCGGGUACAAUGAGCUGGUAGGAGAAAUCAUCCGUCUUGAGGGUGAAAUGGCUACCAUCCAGGUAUACGAAGAAACAUCUGGUGUGACAGUCGGUGACCCAGUACUCCGUACCGGAAAACCCUUGUCCGUGGAGCUCGGACCCGGUAUCUUGGGCUCUAUCUUUGACGGUAUCCAGAGACCUCUGAAGGACAUUAACGAACUCACACAGUCCAUUUACAUCCCAAAGGGUGUCAACGUACCAUGCCUGGCCAGAGAGACAGACUGGGAAUUCAAUCCCCUCAAUGUUAAGGUUGGCUCACACAUCACCGGUGGAGACUUGUACGGUAUCGUGCAUGAGAAUACUCUCGUUAAACACAAGAUGCUGGUGCCUCCUCGGGCUAAGGGAACAGUCACCUAUAUCGCCCCCGCCGGCAACUACAAAGUUACCGAUAUUGUGCUAGAGACGGAAUUCGAUGGUGAAAAGGCGCAAUACAGUAUGUUGCAAGUGUGGCCGGUGCGUCAACCCCGUCCCGUCACUGAGAAGUUGCCCGCUAACCAUCCGCUGCUUACCGGACAACGUGUGCUAGAUUCACUCUUCCCUUGCGUCCAGGGUGGUACCACUGCCAUCCCCGGUGCCUUCGGUUGUGGCAAGACCGUAAUUUCCCAAGCUCUUUCAAAGUACUCCAACUCUGAUGUCAUCAUCUACGUCGGAUGCGGUGAACGUGGUAACGAGAUGUCAGAAGUAUUGCGUGACUUCCCCGAGCUGACGGUGGAAAUCGAUGGUGUGACCGAGUCCAUCAUGAAGCGUACUGCUCUAGUGGCGAACACAUCCAACAUGCCCGUAGCCGCCCGUGAGGCUUCUAUCUAUACCGGUAUCACUCUGUCUGAGUACUUCCGUGACAUGGGUUACAACGUGUCCAUGAUGGCUGACUCCACAUCCCGUUGGGCCGAGGCCCUUCGUGAAAUUUCGGGUCGUUUGGCUGAGAUGCCUGCAGACUCCGGCUACCCAGCCUACCUUGGAGCCCGACUUGCCUCUUUCUAUGAACGUGCUGGAAGAGUCAAGUGUCUCGGCAACCCUGACAGAGAAGGUUCCGUAUCCAUCGUCGGUGCCGUAUCACCACCCGGAGGUGACUUCUCAGACCCUGUGACUGCCGCUACCCUGGGUAUUGUCCAGGUGUUCUGGGGUCUCGACAAGAAACUCGCGCAAAGAAAGCACUUCCCCUCCAUCAACUGGCUCAUCUCAUACAGCAAGUACAUGCGUGCUUUGGAUGACUUCUAUGAAAAGAACUACCCCGAAUUCGUGCCCCUUAGGACUAAGGUCAAGGAGAUCCUCCAAGAAGAAGAAGACUUGUCAGAAAUUGUACAGCUGGUCGGUAAGGCGUCUCUGGCUGAGACCGACAAGAUCACUCUCGAAGUCGCCAAGCUGCUCAAGGAUGACUUCCUACAGCAGAACAGCUACUCGGCCUACGACCGCUUCUGCCCGUUCUACAAGACGGUGGGCAUGCUGAAGAACAUCAUCUCGUUCUACGACAUGUCGCGCCACGCCGUGGAGUCCACCGCGCAGUCCGACAACAAGGUCACCUGGAACGUCAUCCGCGACGCCAUGGCCAACGUGCUCUACCAGCUCUCCUCCAUGAAGUUCAAGGACCCCGUCAAAGACGGCGAAGCCAAGAUCAAGGCAGAUUUCGACCAGCUCCUCGAGGACAUGUCCGCCGCCUUCCGCAACCUCGAAGAUUAAGUCCCCCCCCACCCCCACCAGUUACUACCAGUAGCUACCGGCUACCACCAGUUACGACCACCAGUACCAUCAAGCUACGGCCACGACCACAAGUACCGUCGCGUCGAGAGCCGAUACCCAGCGGUCGUAGUUUUAAGGAAAUUAUAAAUUCUAUAGAUUAAUUAUUAUUAUUGAUCGUAUUUAAAAAUGUUUUAAGUGUUACAGUUCGAGACGCUGUAUAUAGUGAUGCUGUUAUUGUGAUGUAGCGAAUAUAUUUAUGAACCAUGUUAUAUUAUAACCCGUCACGUGACCCCCUGGUGCAUUCCACGUUACUUUAGAUUUGAAAUAACUUUUUUUUUGUUUUUUUUUUUAAUUUGUAUUCUUGGCAUUUUCCAUAUAUUUUUCGAUGUUCAGUAUUAACUGCUUCUAGCGGGUAGCUAGCGACUACGUCGUACAAUAGAGAUGAAAUAUAAUAUAAUAUAAUAUAACUUGCUGUUUGAAUUGAUACGUGUUGAUAGACGAACGUUAUUAUAAAUAAAAUAUUAAUUUAAA